AUGGCAGCGUGGGACGCGGAGGUGGUGCGCACCCGGGACCCCCAGCGCCUGGCCCAGUGCGACGUGGUGGUGGAUGUAGGGGGUGAAUAUGACCCCGAGCGACACCGCUAUGACCAUCACCAGAGGUCCUUCAUGCAAUCCAUGCGGAGCCUCCGGCCCGACAAGCCCUGGACCACGAAGCUGAGCAGCGCCGGGUUGGUCUACUGCCACUUCGGCUCCCAGAUCCUCGCCGGGCUCCUGGGGCAGCCAGAGGACGGCCCCGUCGUGACAGCGCUCUACGAUAAGCUGUACGAGAACUUCGUGGAGGAGAUCGAUGCCAUCGACAACGGCAUCGCGCAGGCGGAGGGGGAGCCCCGCUACGCCCUCACCACCACCCUCAGUGCCCGCGUGGGCCACCUGAACCCUCGCUGGAACGACCCCGACCAGGACACCGAGGCGGGGUUCAAGCGGGCGAUGGAGCUGGUCGGGGGCGAGUUCAUGGACCGGCUCGACUACUACCACCGUGCCUGGCUGCCCGCGCGGGCGCUGGUGGAGGAGGCCAUCCGGCGACGCUUUGAGGUGGACGCAAGCGGGGCGGUGCUGGAGCUCCCGCAGGGCGGCUGCCCCUGGAAGGAGCACGUCUUCAGCCUGGAGCAGGAGCUGGCGCUGCCCGACCCCCUCCAGCUGGUGCUUUUCCCCGACCGCGGCGGGCAGUGGCGGGUGCAGAGCGUCCCAGCGGGGCCGCACACCUUCCAGAGCCGCCUCCCUCUCCCCGAGCCCUGGCGAGGCGUCCGGGACGAGGCGCUGUCCCAGCUCGCCGGCAUCCCCGGCUGCGUCUUCGUCCACGCCAGCGGCUUCAUCGGCGGCAACCGCACGCGGGAGGGGGCUUUGGAGAUGGCCCGGCGGACGCUGGCGCAGCGGCACGGGGAGGGAACGCAGAGCGGAUGAGCCCCCUCCCGUCGCGGUCACCCCAAAAGGGACCCCUUGCCCAGCGUGGUGGGCUCCAGGGACCGCUGCUGGGGGUGGCUGAGACCGUCCCCGCUCG